AUGAGAGAGUGGACGGAGCCUGACAUGAGCUUUACAGCAGGGGGGUUCCUCUCCCCCUCGGAGGGUUACUGCUACACAGAGCAGCUCCAGUACUACGACAUGUUGGCUGAGCCUCUGGGUUAUCCCCUCCCGGACCCAGACCUCCAACUGCUCCCUCACAGCCAGCAGCAGUACCUCCCUGCUAACCUGCCCUUCUCCCUCUAUGGCUCCUCAUCUUCCUCCACCCCCUCACCUUCCUCCUCUGCCUCAUCCUCGCAGCUCUGCCACGCUCCCUGCCAGUACAACCCUCACUGCCUGGAUGCCCCCUGUGAUCCCAGUCCGGACCUGUUCUCUGGGGCUUUGGCUCAUGGAUUUGGGACGGUGGCUCUUGGCCGGAGGUCCCGGGUGGGGUCAGGAGGGAGGAGCAGAGGCCCGGACGAGCUGUGUGUGGUGUGUGGAGACAAAGCAUCAGGACUCCCACUGCUUCAGCUGACUUUCAGCUCUUUCAGUCAUUCAGGUUUCUUCAGGCGCAGCGUGACUAAGAAGGCCGUGUAUCACUGCAAGAGCGGCGGCGGCUGUGAGAUGGACAUGUACAUGAGGAGGAAGUGCCAGGACUGUCGGCUGAGGAAGUGCCGGGCUGUUGGAAUGCUGGCUGAGUGCUUGCUAACAGAAGUUCAGUGUCAGUCCAAACGACUAAGAAAAGGAGGUAAAAGCAGAGGACAGGAGGAGGAGGAGAACACUGACAGUAGGAGGGUCAGCUCUACCAGCAGAACACCUGGACAGGUUCUGUCCGCCGGUUUGACCCGGGAACAGAAAUAUCUCGUGGACAAGAUGGUGGAGGCUCAUCGGCAGUUCAGAGACGAAGACAGCAGCAGCGCUACGGUGUUCGACUGGCCGUGUGCACAUGAUGGGGAGGGUCUGUCUGAUGUCGUACCCCACCACCAACAAAGGCUGCUGCAGUUUGCCAGAACAGUGCCAGGCUUUGACCUCUUGGAUUUCUCCGACCAGUUCGCUCUCUCGUCCGUCUCCUCGCCUGAGGUCAUGUUCCUGCUCUCAGCUCAGCAGUUCUCCCACAACCCGGCGGGCCCCAGUCCAGUCCUGCAGCUUUUCAGCAUGUCCACACACAGCUGGCUCAGAGAUGCAGAAACCAAAGAAAACAUCCAGAGCAGGAUCAGUUCAGGAGGCAGUGAUGAUCUCCUCGGGUCGGUGCUCAACUUCCUCCACAGCAUGGCACUCUGCUCUGCUCAGGUCACACCAGCUCCUCCAUACCGGGCAUCCUUUCAGGCAGCUAGCGGGGUGGAGAAAAUGCAGGAGCUGAUCCUGGACCUGCUGUCCAGGGUGUGUGGAGCCCAGUGUGGGGCAGCACGAGGGGGUCCGCAGCGGUUCGGUCGCCUGCUGGGCAGACUGACGGAGUUACGGACCCUUCAUCACAACUACCUCCUCCUGAGAUCCCAGCGAGCACACAGAUGAAGAAAUUAUAGCUGGAAUUCAGUUCGGAACAUCAGUUUAAGACUUAUUUGUCUU